AUGACGCAACGACUACAAACUUUACAAGAUUGGAGCAAUAAGCAUGUUUUCACCGCCUCAAUGGAUUACUGGAAUCAGGAACCGCCGGAAGUUGAAUCCUACGAAAUGCGCCGUGAAAAAAUGACACAACGACAGCCAAAUUACGGUACCGUCGAAGAAGGUCCAGAAGGCGAAGACUCACCACCGACUGAGAUUCACGAGGUCGUCGACGAGGACCCACAUGCUGGCGGCGAGCCAAUCACGGCGCUACAAGCGGCCUGGAAUGUGACGAACGCGAUUCAGGGGAUGUUUAUCGUUGGUCUACCGAUAGCAGUGAAGGUCGGUGGAUGGUGGUCGGUGGCGGCGAUGAUGGGCGUGGCCUAUAUAUGUUACUGGACUGGAGUGCUGCUUAUCGAGUGUUUGUACGAAAAAGACAAGAAAGUUCGAUUCAGUUACCGCGAGGUACGUAAUUGCGUACCGAACCGAGUCAAACGGCUCAAUGAAGCACGGUGCAGCUGCGUAAGCGGUUGCGAUCGUGGUGGGACCGAACUGCAGCGAUCAAUGGUAGCCGAAUUCUAUCGUCCAGGAUUCGGUAAAUGGGUGUUAGCGGCGCAACUGACCGAAUUACUCUCAACAUGUAUUAUUUACCUGGUGCUCGCUGCAGAUCUUCUGCAAAGUUGUUUUCCAAGCAUAGAUAAACCAGCAUGGAUGAUGAUUGUUUCGGCGGUGUUGCUCUCCUGUGCGUUCCUGGAUUCCCUCGUGAUGGUUUCACAACUUUCUUUCGCUAACGCGAUCUCUCAUUUGGUGGUAAAUGCUAUCAUGAUGAUCUACUGUUUAUCAGAGAUCCGUUCAUGGUCGUUCUCAUCCGUAACUUUCGGUCUGGAUAUUUACACCCUGCCCACUAUGAUCGGAGUGGUUGUGUUCGGUUAUACUUCUCAUAUCUUUCUGCCAAGUUUGGAGGGGAAUAUGAAGGAGCCGAAGGAAUUUAAGUGGAUGUUAAAGUGGUCACAUGUCGCCGCCGCGCUAUUCAAGGCGAUUUUUGGACUUUGUGGAUAUCUUACGUUCGGUGAACUCACACAGCCAGAAAUUUCAAAUUCGUUACCAAACCAAAGCUUCAAAGUGGUCGUAAAUUUGGUGCUAGUGAUUAAAGCUCUCCUGUCCUAUCCACUACCAUUCUAUGCUGCCGUUCAACUGCUUAAGGAUAACCUGUUCAGGGGAACUAAAACGACACCAUUCACAGGUUGCUACAGUCCAGAUGGUUCACUGCGGGAAUGGGCCCUGUUCUUACGAAUCCUCCUGUUGCUAUUCACACUAUUCAUCGCUCUUUCAGUACCGUAUCUCAUCGAACUUAUGGGAUUAAUCGGGAAUAUUACAGGCACCAUGUUAUCAUUUAUUUGGCCAGCUCUUUUUCAUCUACGUAUCAAAGGCGAUAAGAUGGUAGAUCGUGAUCGACGAUUCGAUCAGAUGAUCAUUGGGCUGGGAAGUUCGAUCUGUAUCUCCGGGAUUUAUUUCUCGUUUAUGGAACUUUUACGUGCAAUUCGAGCUGAUGAUCGAUAG